AUGCCUCCGAAUGCCACCCCCGUUAACGCUACUGUUUUCGCGUGUGGUAACCCCCCUAUGGCGGCAGAAGAGCACGCCGUUAUGGCUCGAGCCUUCGCUGAGGAACGAAUGAUGAAGAAUACCCAGGUUAAUGCCGAGAUUCCUACUGUGAACGUGUACUUCCAAGUCCUCGCCUCUUCGGAGAAACCAGAAGAUGGUUGGGUAGCUGAUGAUCUCCUACAGAAACAGAUGGACGUGUUAAACGACAACUUCAAUAAACACGGCAUAAAGUUUCAAUUGGCUAAAACAAUUCGUACCAUCAACGAAACAUGGGCUCGGGGACAGGAUAUCAAUUUCAUGGCAUCACAGUUGCGCAUGGGUAGCUACAGUGAUCUUAAUAUUUAUCUGCACCUAAACCUUACAGGUGGUGCAGCGGGGGUGUGCACAAUCCCCGUUCCCGUCAACGGCGCCGGGACUUACAACUUCGAUGGCUGUCAGAUUCUCACUAGCUCGCUCCCUGAUGAUGCCCCAUACACCGGAUUGAACGACGGCAAGGCGGGGGUACACGAGGUCGGGCACUGGUUUGGAUUGUUCCAUACAUUCGAAAACGGCUGUAAUUCUCCCGGUGACUACGUUGAUGACACCCCUUCCGAGGCCUUGCCACCGGGUCGAGGAUGCGAGAUCCGCAACUCGUGCCCUGGCCAACCUGGCAAUGACCCCAUCCACAACCACAUGAGCUACACGGGCAGUGACUGUCACACUGAGUUUACGCUCGGCCAGCAGAUCCGCAUGCACAACCAGUGGGCCGUGUACCGCGCUGGCAGAUAA